UUACGAUCAUCAUUAUGUUCGAUUUACCACCAAAAUGUCCGGCAUUGGCUAAUAAAUUGACGGGCAUUUUCGGUUGGCGUCAUACCUAUAAAGUUUCCGCAAAACACGAAGGCAUCCAACAUUCCUAUUUACAAAAAUCCUAUUCUCUGACACUGCCCACGAAGAGGCCACCCUCACCAUAUGGUUAUGUAAAGGAUCCCGAUGCCUGGGUCUCAGUACACCAUUUACAAACACAAUGCGGCAUCUUGGACCCGGAUGACUGUGUUCGCGAUGUCGCCGAUGAUCGUGAAUAUAUACAUGCCAGCUUUGAAGAUUCUGGACCGGAUCCAGGUGUUCCACAAGGUGGUGGAGAUGGUGCCUCCGGCAGUUCUUCCGUUGGAACUGGUUCACCGGAUAUAUUCCGGGAUCCCACAAAUACAGAUGCACCCACCAAUGGUGGUCACAUAGAUAACUCAACACCUCAUAUUGAGGUGACGAGCACAACGGCCUGUCCCAUAACCGGUUUGGGUUUACAGGUUCGCCGUAGUAGUGAUCCGAAUUUAUUGGCCUCCCUUAAGGGUGGAGAGAAUGGUAAUAAACGUUGGUCGGCGGCAGCACCCCAUUGCGGUGGAGACUCUCCCGAUCGUGUCUUGAUGGAGAAGUCGGGCUAUUUACCCCCACAAUGGGAGGAAGAAGAUGAUGGUCCACAUCAUGUCCAGGCAGUACCAUCACAUCAACCCUUUGCCCGAUCGGGUCGAUUAUCAAUGCAAUUUUUGGGUGAUGGCACCGGUUACAAAUGGAUGGAGGCCGCGGAGAAGUUACAACAACAAAACCAAUAUUCCACAGCCCAACAUUCCUCCCAACAACAGCAGCAACAUCAACAACAGACCAAUUUCUUCUCCAGCAAAUCCCUACCACGUGAAAGUACCCGCAAGGAACCCCUCGGCCAGGCCUAUGAAUCGAUACGCGAAAAAGAUGGUGAAAUGCUUUUACUCAUCAAUGAGUAUGGCAGUCCAUUGGGCCUAACCGCCAUUCCAGACAAUGAACACGGUGGUGGCCUACUGGUGCAACAUGUCGAACCUGGUAGUCGCGCUGAGCGUGGCCGUUUGCGUAAAGGUGAUCGCAUCUUGGAGAUCAAUGGUACCAAACUUAUUGGCCUUACAGAACUUAAAGUUCAAGAAUAUCUACGCAAAGCUUUAGAAGCUUCCGAGCUAAGGGUUCGAGUUAUUCGCGGCAACUCGACCAAGGAUAGUAAAUAUCGGCGACGUGACUCAAAAGUGGCCGAGAUGAUUGAAGCCGAAGAGAAAAUGUCUUCCGGUGUGGAGACCAAAGUGGCCACAGUUUCGCCCACACGCAAGCCAAAUACCGCUCCCGUUGGUGCCUCUUUACAGGUGGCAAAUACCCGAAAAUUGGGUCGUAAAAUAGAAAUUAUUUUAAAGAAAGGACCCAAUGGUUUGGGUUUCUCAGUAACGACCAGAGAUAAUCCCGCGGGAGGUCAUUGCCCCAUUUACAUUAAGAAUAUUUUACCCAAGGGUGCUGCCAUUGAAGAUGGCCGCCUUAAGCCAGGAGAUCGUCUUCUCGAAGUUGAUGGUAUCCUUAUGACGGGUAAAACCCAAACAGAUGUCGUAUCGAUACUAAGGGCAACUCAGCCGGGAGCCACUGUUCGGCUAGUGGUUUCAAGGCAAACUGAACUGGCGGAACCGGAGGAAAGGGAAAUUAACUUUGAAAACAAGGAAAAUGAAUUUGACUCACCACCCAAGCCACCAGCCCCAGUUCUACCACAAACACCCCACUACGAGGUGAAAAAGUCACAAAGUGCCCGAUCACUUUUCGAACAACAUCAGCAGCAUCAAAAUCACAAUCUGAAUGAAUCUCAGCAUUUCAUUGAUGCCGGCAGUGAAUCGGCAGCCUCAAGUGACAGCCUACAAACUGGUGUCUCAUGGCGUUCACGGGAAAUGCUAACGCUACACAUUCCCGUUCACGACACCGAAAAAGCCGGCUUGGGUGUUAGUGUCAAGGGUAAGACAACAACAAAUUUGACAGGGUCAUCAAAUGGUAGUGCCACGGGUUCAAUGAAAAAUGAUGGUGACUUGGGAAUAUUUGUUAAAAGUGUUAUACACGGUGGAGCUGCUUCGCGGGAUGGUCGUUUGCGUAUGAAUGAUCAGCUGAUUAGCGUUAAUGGUGUUACUCUCUUGGGCCAAAGUAAUGCCGAAGCUAUGGACACUUUAAAACGUGCCAUUGUCAAUAAUCCCGGUAAACAUCCGGGAAUGAUAACGCUACAGGUGGCACGAAAAAUUACCCGAUCAUCAAGUUCGGGAGAUAUACUUGAACACAACACCAACGACAGUUCGAAUACCAGUGAGAAUAGUGGUGCCACCGUUAUCUAUUUGAGCCCGGAAAAGAGAAGCGAUAAUAAUCGUAAUGUAGGUGGUUCGUCGUCAUCAACAAAUGAAAUGAAUCGUUGGAGCAACCCCGUAUUAGAUCGCCUAACUGGUGGUGCUUGCUCUGGCAGUUCAACACAAAAAGGCCGUUCCAAUGCCAUUACCGGCACGGCAACGGUUAUGUCAACUGGUGGUAGUGGUGGUGCCGGUAGCAAUGCUGCCGCUAAAUCAUCUGCAAAUAGUGGUGCCCAUGCUCUACGCAAUGAGAGCUAUUAUAUGGCCACAAAUGAGACUUGGUCACCGGCCAAUUUCAAUCAUAAUCAGAAGCAUAUCAAUAAUUCGGUAUUGAUAGAACAUGAUCCGGAACCAACAUCACCCACCCUACCACAUAGACCCAAUGAGUCUAUCGCUUCCAGCAUUACCAAUAACUCAUCGAAUGGCACCCAAUCGGCCGUAAGCAGUGUUGCUGGACCACAGAACUUUGAUGCCACAUAUUCAUCACAGCUGAGCUUGGAAACUAAUUCCGGUGUCGAGCAUUUCAGUCGUGAUGCCUUGGGUAGACGAUCAAUAUCGGAAAAACAUCAUGCCGCCCUCGAUGCUCGCGAAACGGGAACCUAUCAACGUAAUAAGAAAUUACGUGAAGAACGUGAACGUCGUGUGGCCCAAACCAAAUCAGCAAUUUACGGUUCAAUGGAAUCGUUGACAGCAAGAAUUGCUGAAGCUAAUUCCAGAAUACCAGGCUACAAACAUGCCAAAACUAAUUCGGGUAUAGAACAACAACAAUUGCAGGCCGAGUCAAGGGAUCAGGUUGGUGAUUUGGGACCAUCGUUGGGUUUGAAGAAAUCCUCCUCAUUGGAAUCGUUGCAAACCAUGGUGCAGGAGAUACAAAUGUCCGAUGAACCACGUGGUGGACCCACAACACUGAGGGCACCACGCGGCCGGGGUCGUGAGGAGAGUCUAAGAGCUGCUGUCUCUAGUGAUCAUGAUGUUAAGAAAGCUAAACAAACCUGGCUUUUGGAAGAUGGUGACCCCUCCGAGGGUGGCUUCAAUCAACGCAACGGUCCCUGCCAAUCCUCGCUGAACGAUGGCAAAAAAUCUCGUGCCAAAAAACCGGGCAUAUUGCGUGGCAUCGGUUAUAUGUUCCGUUUUGGUAAAAAUCGCAAAGAUGGCGUGGCGCCCGUUGAGUCUCAACCGCCCAUUACAAAUAAUGCCGCCAAUGAAAGGACUCCGGCGAAUAAUCAAAUCCCAGUGGCAGCCUUGGCGGCAUUAGAUCGUAAUCCAAAAUUGGCACCACCAGCAUAUCAACCGCCACCACCAUUGCCACCGGCAAAUGCCAAUGGCAACGGUGGUGGUCACAACAACAGUACCAGUGCCAAUGAAGCCAUGGCUGCGGCAAUAGCUGCUGGUAUUCAUCAAAAUGAUAUCUUCAAUCAUCGUUAUCAACACUAUUCGAAUUAUGAAGAACUACACAAUCAUCAUCAACAAAUUAGCGAUGAUAACUGCUCAAAUAGUGAUGUUUUAUCGGAAUCAACCUUAGAAUGCAUGCGUCAACAAGUUCUAUGGCAGCGCCUUAAAGUCGAAGCUGAAAGUCGACGUCAUCAACAUUAUCAUUCGCAACGCAGUGCCCGCUCACAGGACAUCAAUAUGCAAAACUAUUCGCAUAGUAACAACAACAACUUAAAUACCAGUAGCAAUAGUAAGAAUAGCAGUAUACGCUCCACAACAAAUCCCGCACCGCCAAACUAUUAUGACUAUGAAACAGCACAACAACAACAUAACCUAAAUCAAACGGGCCCAAAUAAUCCCUCUCUAAAUGGUAGUUUUCAACAUCGUACAGGCAGUAUUAAACAACACAGCAGCAAUGGUCACAUAACGGUAAAUGCCGGUCAGCAAUCGCCCUCAUCAGCAGCGGCGGCAGCGGCAGCAGCCCAGGCUCAAGCUCAUUGGAAAUCAGCAGCCAUGAAUGGAUUUUCACCGGCCAGCCUUAAUAGUAGUGCAAGGUCCCGGGGGCCUUUCGUUACGCAUGUAACAUUGGGACCCUCGAAUAAUAAUAAUAUUGCUGCCGGGCAGCAACAGCAGCCUACAUAUCAAACUGUGCAAAAACAACACCAUCAUCAUAAUAUGCAACAGCAACAACAUCAGCAAGCGCAAUCCCAAUAUUCGGGAGCUAUUGCCGGUCCACAACACACGACGGCCACCGCAUCAAAAGUGUGACUAUAGGCAAACGUUCUUCGCCAGUGUCUGGGCGAAGACGUUGUUGUUCGUGGUAUUAGCAGCAAAACGAAAA